AUGAAAGUUUCUUCUGGCCAAAAGCGGCAGAGUGUUGCCGGGAAGAAGGCCAAUGGAGAAGCAGAGUGUUUUACAAUUAACAAGCGAGCAGCAACAACAGCCACGCCACGGUCUUACAAUGGUCAGUGCCGUGAGACUUUGGCUGACAGUUGGCGUAUAGACAACGCGUGGACCGCAAGUGGAGAGGAGAUGUGCAUCACCAGCAGCAGCAGACCCAGCAGCGGGAGGAGCUGCAGAGCCAUUUCACCCAUCUGCCAUGGUUUCCUAUUCGCUUUGGCGCUGAUUCUGCCAUGUCUCGAUGCCGCCCACGGAGAUGAAUUGAAAGCCAGUGCAUCCGUGGAGCACGCACCAGCAGCCAUCCCAUCACUCGGCCUAGACAAUGCAGACAGCAGCCUGGAGCAGCUCAUCGAGUUGAAGCUGAACGAGUCGUCCAGAAGAGCCACGCAGUCGAAUGAGCUGUUGUCCAGGAAACGGCGCUAUUUGGUAUUUCCGGAGGGCAGCUCCUUUCAGAUGGUGUACGAUGAGAUUGUGGGCGUUGUGGACCACACCAACUAUCUGAUUCUCGGCAUCACUGUGGCCUUAGCCUGGGAGUUGCCGAGCAAGCCGCCCAGCGAGGAACUGGAUGAUCUGCUGACCAAACUGGAAGACGGUACCCUGGAUAUCAGUCGCAACGACACCGUUUCAAACAUAACCUAUGUGGACGAUGCUCCGGAAACAACCACCAAGGCGACGUACUACAAACCUAACUAUAUCAACAUAAGCUCUGGCUCUGUGUCUGGCUCUGGAAGUGGCAGCAAUUCAUACUACAGCUCAUCGCCUGUCUUUCGUACCCCCAUGCAUCCGUCCCAUCAAUAUGCGGACAGUUAUUACAGCCGCCCCAAGGGUGGCAGGCGGAAGGACAACCACUACUACUACUACAACAACCGGCCUGGGGCUAGCUCCAGCAAUCCGUUCUCCAAGUGGUCAAGACCCUACUCGCCAGCCCAGAACUCCCGCUAUCCCUACUGGGCUCUGUCCUCGCGACUCAAAGAUCGCUAUUAUGGCCAGCAGUCACAACGGACGGCACCACCACAGGCCCAGAGACGACAGGACCCGCCAACGACCACUACUAGACCCACCCGGAAGCCGGCGCCACGUCAUCAUCACAUAUAUCCGGUUUUUGGCAAGCGCAGUCUGCCGGAUGCAGCCAAUCCUCAUCAACGUCAGCGACGCAGUGGAGUGGCAAGCCCCCAUGAGGAUGGUAUUAGCAGGCUGGAACAGCUGCAGAUCAAGCACCAUCGAAGAAGUCGACAGUCGCUGUAUGAACGCAUUGAAAAGUAUUUGGAUAAACGCGGCCACCCUGGCUAUCAGUGUGUCCUUCGUACCCUUUGUGAAACUGGGCAAAAAUCGAAGCAAGACCAAGAGCCAGGCACCUUUGUGGGCGAACUGAUGCGUGCGGUGUUCACCAUACCCGAGGCUUUGGACAACGAGCCUGUGGCCUAUCGAGACACCCAUUACGAUAAGGCCCAUGCCUCUAGCGGGGACUGUGCCGCACUCUAUCCCGAGUGCAAACAGUCCAUGUGGCAGGCCCAUUUCAUACAAUAA